UGGCGGACACAUACUUUUUCGGAAAUUGGUUUAUUUUUGUUGAUUUCUCAAAUAAAUUGUAACAUUAUAUUAAUUUAAUGUUUCGACCGAGAAGAGCUAAAGCAGAAUGUCGAUGGCACAGGAAAAAUUUGUUGCAUUGCGCAAAAGACUCGACCAAAAGCCUCAAACGUGCAAAACUAGAAACAGUACGUCCUAAGGAAACAAAGGAUUUCACUGCAGCAGUAGACCCAUAUAAAAGUGACAAUGCUAAACUAGUCAAAGAAAAUAAUCAACUACAUGUUCAGCUGAUUAAGAAAACUGAGGAGUCUGAUGCUACAAUAAGAGAUCUGAAAGAAAGUUUGAGAAAGCUAGAACAUGACAGUGCAGAUCUGAGAUUCCUCAAUAACCAAUAUGUUCACAAGAUACGUGCCAUAAAACAAGAAUCUAAGGCAAAGACAGAAAAGAUCUUGCAACUCCAAGAAAAAAACUUCCAGGCUGUUGUGCAGACACCAGGUGGUAGGAAGAAAUCAAUUCCAUUCAGACGCCAACGUAUGGAGACUGAUUGUCUCUUACCCCCCUCCACAACCCCAUCCCCACCCCUACCUCAGGCCGAUGACCCAUACGUCGCUGAUCUACUUCAGGUGGCUGACAAUAGGAUAGCUGAGCUUGAGAGUCAGGUGGCCAGAAUUGUUGAUGAGAAAACAGCAAUUGAGAAAAAAGUGUCAAUGUUCAGAAAACAGGUUGAGGCCAGGGAUGCUGAAGUUGACAGACUAGGAAGGAUGUUGGACGGGGGUCGACCCUACGAUGUUGUUGCCCUUGAGGCCAGAAACAGAGCCAAUGAACGCCUUAUAUCUCAACUCAAUAUACAGAUUGACUACCUCCAACAAAAGAACAGGGAGGUCGAACAUCGUCUCUCGGAAGCAGAAAUUUAUGAAAGAGAGGCUUUAGACAAAUCGGUGAACUUUGAAUCGAAGGCUCGGCAGUUAGAGGAUGAACUACAGGAUGUAGACUUAUUAGCAUCGAGGUUAAAAACAGAUAAAAAUGCAGCUUUACGAGUGGCUGAUCAUGAAUUGGAUGAAGCUAAGGUUGAGCUUGAGAAGUCCAGACAAGAACUUGAAGAUAUGGAUGUCCAGGUUGCACAACUCAGAGCUGAAAGAGACAGGUUAUUGAAUGAACAAAUAGAUCUGAAGUCAAAUCUCAAUACUAAAACAGCAGACAAUCAACGUAUGGAUGACCUGGUGGAUAAAAUGCAAGCAGACAAGAAAAGACUCAGCAGUCGUGUAAAUAAACUAACAUCAAAUGAAAGAGAACUUGUUCUAGAAAUAGAGCGACUCAAAAAUAAAGCAGCGCCUAAAAGGAAAGGUGGAAAAUCAAUCAAUAGACUAGAUUCGUUUAUAAAAGGCUUAGAAGAAGAAAGAGACUAUUGGCGUGAAGAGGUUGAUGCUUUACAAAAAUUACUACGCCUUCAUGGGCCAGGAAGUAGUCCCAUGAGGUCAAGGUCACCAAGUCGCUCAAAGGUUUCCACGCCAGCAGGAACUCCUAGUAAAUCUGAAAGAAAGACUGCUGCUCAUUACGAGACAAUCAUGCGAGUGUUAGAGGAUGAACGUGAUCACUACAAACGUGAAUAUGAACUACUUCGUGCACUCAGACACAGUAGGCCAAAUAGUCCAGUCAGGUCAAGGUCACCAAGUCUCAGGGAAAUGAGUGUUGCUGAUGAAACAGAACUGUUGCGUGUUACACGAGAGCGUGAUGAACUUCAGAGUAUGCUGAGCAAAUUUGAACGCCACAUGGCAGAGAUCCAGACCAAUGUAAAGGUGCUAACAAAUGAAAGAGACAAAGUCAAUACAAUGUAUGAAGAGGCCAAAUUAGAGUUGCAAAGAAUGCGCAGGGAUGUUGUCAGGUCGCCAAAGUCUCCCAAAGUUUCAUUGGCAGCUCAGGCAGUAUUACGACGUGUUGAACAUGAGCGAGAUGACGCAAUAGCUGACCUGCGACGUAUGACAACAGAACGCGACACACUCAGGGAAAAAUUAAAGAUUGCAACAGAGAGCCAUCUAUCUGAUAGAGCCAGACUAGAACAGAAAAUAGAAGAUCUCGAACGAACAAUACAAGCUGUUGAAGCUGAGCGAAAUGAUCUCAAUAUAAGAAUAGCUGCUCUUAAAGACAAGGGAGACAGAAUGGAGGACCACAUAAAAGAACAAGUUAUAACACUGGGAGAAACACAAGAUGAUGCAUCUCAACAGAAAGCAGCUGCAACACAAAUGAGGUUACUAGCAGAACAAGCUGAGACAUCACUUAUGGACAACCGUAGACAACUUAUAGCCAAAGAGGGAGAUCUGAGGGCUGUUGAAGAGAGAGCAGCACAAUUGGAGGUCAGACUAGCCGAACUUAUGCGUCAUGGUAAGGUCAAAGAUGAUGAGAUUGCUACGCUACGUGGGACGAUAAGUGCACUUGAUCGUGAAAAGGAUGCUCUACAGAUUGCAGUUGAUGAUAAGGCUGAGAGGAAUGUUGAUUUGGAGGACACUGUAUUAGAGAGGGACAAGUUACUGAGUGACUUCAAGAUCAACACCAGUGAUUUGGAAGCUCAAAUAAAUCAUUUGCAAGAGACCAUAGGCAACAAAGAGCGAGAGAUUAGGAGUUUACGACGUCAGCUAGAUAGCUCCACAGAGGAGUUGACGGAGACAUCGAGAGGACGUGAUGUUGCGGUUCGGGAAAAUAGACGACUUCAAGAUGAUCUUGGAACAAUGACACGAGAAAAUCAAAAUCUAAAUGCUGACCUAGAUGAUGUCAUUAAUGAGCGUGAAGAUCUAAAAGCACAGGUCCAAGAUUACAUGAUAGAAGUUAAGCGUGUGGAAGAACUCUUGGCUGCAAAGGAACAAGAGAGAUCCGAUUUGUUAGAGCAAUACAGAUUACUGACAAGUGAAGCAGAGACGUAUCAAACGCAGUCCCACCAAUUGGAAAGUGAAGGGUCUAAUUUGAGGCUAGAGGUGAUGACCAGGGAGUCAGAGAUUAGGAGACAGAGGGAGAAGAUUGACAGUUUAGAACGUGAGAUACAAGAGCAUAUGCAAGCUAAUAGAGCCUAUGAGGUGCAAGUAUCUGAUUUGACGCAUUCAGUUGCAAGCCUUGAGGAGAGGGUGAGACAGUUAGAUAAUGAUAAGAUAUCAACGCAACAAGACUUAGCAGCUGUUAGGGACCUCUGUGCUAAAGUAGAAUCUACAAAGGAUAAUCUUGCAAGACAAUUGUCAUCUAAGUCUAUGGAUAAUGAACAGAUCCAGACUCUGCUUGAUGACAUGAAACGAGAAGUUGAAAUUCUACGCAGCCAGGUGGGAUCUGAACGCACAAAUGUCAAAAGUCUAGAACAAAUACUGCAAACAAAUCGCGAGAAAGAAUUCCAAACUUCAUUAUCCUCUCAGGAGAAAAAUGCUGAGAUUCAAUUAUUGAGGGAUCGUCUUCAGCUGAAUGACAGUAAAAUGGAAAGUUUAAAUCGAGAGAUAUCUACACUAAGGAGCAGAAACAUUGAGCAAGAUGCGGAAAUCGACAGACUUAGAAGAGACUUGACCAAUGAGAGAUUUGAAAGAGAGAGGACGUCUCAACAGCUCCGUCGCCUUGGUAACACCCCUCCCACAGAUAGUGGAAGAGCUAGUAGGUCAACACGCAUCAGUGCAACAUCGUCAAGGUCUUCCAUGAGUCCAACCAGACGCACCAGAUCUCCCGACCGCUCAUACAGUCGCACCAGUAGCAGGGCAGAAAAUGGACACUUGUAACUUGUAUAAUGUAAUCAUUUGAAUUUUAUUUUUGAUUGUUUUUAUUUUUGAUGUCAAUAUUGACUGUUAAAUGGAUAUGGAGUUCUUGCAUAUUUUUUAUUUAUAUGGGUCCAAGUAAUAAAUAUCCAAGUACAAAUUAGAGUGAAUCACGUUCAACGGUUAAAUGUGACAAAUGUAACUAGGUGACAUACUUUCUCAGUAAUGAUGAAAUACUGUACUGUUAUUAAAGUGUUUAUUGCUUGGGGUAUUGGAAUACAUAGCAUCUGUGACUGCGAUUUAGAGAAAUAUUUGGCUCGAGGGCAUGCCCUGAGGGAAAAAGCUCUAAAUCUCAGUGCCAUUGAUGCAAUUGAAUAUACCAUUGUUUCAUGUAUUGAAACCUCUACUAAAAGUAGUAGCUACUCAAAAAUGGAAUGAAAUUUCAUCAAUUUUGUCUCACCCUGUAGAUAAAAUAUGUAGACCAAUCCUAUAAAUUAAAACAAAAAAAAGGGUCUGCUUCUUUAAAUGUAUAACUAUUUGAAAAUACAGUCGUUACUGUAUUUCUUACAGAUUUUAUUGGUAAAUCAAUCGAUGCAUUUAUGAUGGAAAUGUUUGUAUAUUAUUGUAUAAUAUUGUAUUUUGUUAUGAAUCCUGCCAUUAAUUGUAAAUAAAUUGUAAUAUGUACGUCUCAGACAACACUGCCACACUGCCAUUGUUUAUGUACAAUUUAUGUACAUGUAUAUGUAUAUUGCUCUAGUAUUAACAAUGUAAAUAUAAAGUUAAGUAGAUAGAUUUUAAGCUUCAUCUAUAUAGAUGGAAAUUUUACCAACUGAUAAUUAUGAAAUGAAUUUGUAAUAUUUUAUAGUUUUAACAUGAAAUAAAUCAAAUAUA